AUGGCUUCAAUGGCCCUUCUACCUUCCGCGGCCUCGCCGCUGCAGGCCUUUGUUAGGGCUCAAUUCCUCACAAAGCCAGCUCCACCACCUCUGUCAACAUGUCUCGCCGGGCAGACAGCCAUUGUCACGGGAGCGAACACCGGUAUUGGUCUUGCUGCGGUUGGCAGUCUUCUCAGAUAUCACGCUUCCCACAUCAUUAUGGCGUCGCGAUCCUUAGAAAAGGGAGAAGCCGCCGCUGCUCCGCUCCGCAGGCAGUACCCCGACGCUCAAAUCGAAGUAUGGCAGCUCGAUAUGCUCUCUUACGGGUCUAUCCAAGACUUUGCUAAAAGCUGCAGCAAUCUGGCUCGACUCGACAAGGUUAUCCUCAACGCAGGCGUGGCCAUGGGCAAUUUCGUCAUCAACAAAACUACCGGCCACGAAGCGACCUUUCAGGUCAACUACCUGUCCACCGCGCUCCUGGCCAUUCUUCUUCUUCCCAUUCUCAAGUCAAAACGACAAGCUCGUGCCCCGGGAAGAAUCACCAUAGUCGCCUCCGGGUUGGCGCUCCAAUCCCAAUUCGCCAACCGCAACGCUAUCCCUCUCAUACCAUCGUUUGACAAUCCAACGGGCUGGGGAGUUGCAGCCUCAUUGGAGCGGUACGGUCUGACCAAGACACUCGUGCUUAUGUUGGUUCAGAAGCUCAGCGAGAACGUGGAUUCUAGUGAGGUCACCAUCAACGCUAUAGAACCGGGACUAGUCGGGGGCUCUGGCCUACAGCAGCAUGCUCCAGCUUAUCUUCGGGCCAUCUUCCGUCUUGUCCACUCAAUUGCAGCGCGAUCAACCGAGCAAGGCGCUUGGGCAUACGUGGAUGCAGUCGCGGUAAAGGGCCAAGAGAGCCACGGUGGCCUGGUGCUGAACUGGAACAUUCAUCCGUUUCACCCUAUGAUGUAUGAGCCAAACGGCAAGCAGGUCACAGAGAGACUGUGGGGAGAGACAAUGCAGGAACUAGAAUUUUCCAACGCGCAGGGCAUCAUAGAUUCAAUGCGCUUUGCGCAUUGA